AUGGAGAUUUCUUCCCACCAGUUUCACCUCCUGGAGCAGCUCAACGAACAACGGAAGCAAGACCUGUUCUGUGACUGCAGUAUCCUGGUGGAGGGAAAGGUCUUUAAAGCACAUCGCAAUGUGCUGUUUGCCAGCAGCGGCUAUUUCAAAAUGCUGCUUUCGCAGAGCUCGAAGGAGACCAGUCAGCCGACGACAGCUACUUUUGAGGUCUUCUCUCCAGAGACAUUUAUGGUUAUCCUGGACUUCGUGUAUUCGGGCAAACUGUCUUUAACGGGUCAGAACGUGAUCGAAGUCAUGUCGGCUGCUAGCUACCUGCAGAUGACUGAUAUUCUUAACGUCUGCAAGACAUUCAUUAAGUCCUCACUGGACAUUAACGAAAAGGAAAAGGAUCAUUACCUCAGCCUUUCGGGCAAAAGUACAACCAGUGAACCUGCCCCUCCCGCUCUUUAUCGGUCACGAAGGAAAGCAAAGAGCAACCCGAGGCGUUCCUGUGCGAUCCCAGAUGACAAGGCUAAUGCGGUGAAUGAAAAUUCCUGGAGCAGUUACAACAGCUACCUGUCCUCGCAGGUGAUUCUUCAGCGGGCAGAAACGCAGCUAGCGAAGAGAGGCAGAAAACAGGGCGGCACCAGAAAGCGCCGAAAGCACCUCGGACUGUCACAGACCCGGGAUCUGGUGCAGUAUAAAUCGAGCAAAGCCGAGCGGGCCAGCGGGGGCUGCAGCGCAUCAGAUUCCAGCCACAUCUCUCGGGUUAGAGAGGAGGUUGAAUUUGAUGCUGAGAAUGACGUUGAUCACGAUGAUUACGGAUAUAAUCACGAAUCAGAAGUGCUGUAUCUCUCCGUAACAGAUGACCUCCCUCGGAUGCGAUUCAAAUGCCCCUUCUGCACGCACACAGUGAAACGACGCGCAGACCUGAAGCGGCACCUUCGGUGUCACACAGGGGAGCGGCCGUACCCGUGCGAAGUGUGUGGGAAAAGGUUCACCCGACUAGAGCACUUGCGCAACCACUUCCAAACGAUACAUCAAGCUGGCAAACUGAUCUGCAGAAAAUGCAAGCGUCACGUAACUGAACUAACAGGAUGUGUUGUUCAGCAAGGAACAAGACGCUACAGACUGUGCCAUAAGUGUCUGGCAGAAGCUAAUUUCGACAGCAUCCCUGACGAUUUAGAUGCAGAACAUUCUCCUGUCUCCUCCACGGGAAGCAAACGUUCCAAAUGGGCUUUGGAGGAGGGACAGAAAUCAGAUGAAGAGACAAUGGAGGAGGAACCGUACAAUUUGGUUGUCCGACAUGUUAAUGAUGAUACUCCAGACGAGGUAGAUGAAAAGGUGAAAACAAAUCUUAGGUAG